GUCCCUCUCGUUGCAUAAAAACUAGGGUUUGUAGAGAAGAGGCGCAGCCAUAGCAAGAAGCUCGUGAAGCAAUGGCUAGAAUCAAGGUUCACGAGUUGAGGCAAAAGAACAAGGCUGAACUGUUGAAUCAGCUGAAGGACCUCAAGGCCGAACUUGCCUUGCUUCGUGUUGCUAAGGUCACUGGUGGUGCCCCUAACAAGCUCUCCAAGAUAAAGGUGGUGAGGUUGUCGAUUGCCCAGGUUUUGACUGUGAUUUCUCAGAAGCAGAAAGCUGCGUUGAGGGAAGCUUAUAAGCAUAAGAAGUAUUUGCCACUUGAUCUGCGCCCAAAGAAGACAAGGGCUAUUCGCAGAAGGCUUACUAAGCACCAGGCAUCAUUGAAGACUGAGCGGCAGAAGAAGAAAGAGACGUAUUUCCCAAUGAGGAAGUAUGCUAUCAAGGUGUAACAUUAGAGCAAUCGUAUCUUUUAAAUGGACUUUUACAUCCGUUUAUACUUGACAAGUUUUGAUACAUCUCAUUUUGUAGUUUUAUGUUGGAAUUAUUGGUUAUGUUAAAUUUCAUGUCUUAGACCUGGGGUCUCUUUCUUGAAGCUACUAGUAUUUAUGUGGAUUGUUAGUUUCUAUCUUUAAUAUGGGACUGGGAUUUCUGC